AUGGAGAUGGACGAAACAAGAGAAUGUGUAUCCGAGAAGAAGACAGUGGUGGUAGUGGGCGGCGGAGUCGCCGGAGCUCUCCUCGCCAAGCUGAUCCAGAACUAUGUCCACGUCACCCUCAUUGAUCCGAAGGAGUAUUUUGAGAUGCCUUGGGCAAAUUUGAGGUCAAAGAUAGAGCCAAUGGUUGCCGAGAGAUCAUUAAUGAACCACUCGGCUUACUUGACUAAUGGAGAAAUCAUAGAGUCAUGGGCGAAGAACCUUACUGAGGCAGAGGUCCUGACUUCAGAUGGCCAUAUUGUGCCUUAUGACUAUCUCGUUAUAGCUUCCGGCCAUGUUGUUAAUCUUCCCAGAAGCAGGAGAAGCAGGCUUGACCAGUUUCAGCAAGAUAACGCAAGGAUAAAGUCUGCAAGAUCGAUUCUAAUCAUCGGAGGAGGGCCAACAGGAGUGGAGCUCGCCGGAGAAAUCGCAUCAGAAAGCCCAGAAAAGAACAUAAGCUUAGUUCACAGUGGCCCGAGGCUUCUAGACUUCAUAGGACAGAAAUCAAGCCGCAAAGCUCUCCAAUGGCUUCAAUCAAAAAAAGUUCAAGUUUUUCUCAACCAAUCCAUCGAUUUACAGGCUUUGGAAGAAGCGAAGGGAGAGUACGAAACCUCAGCUGGAAAGAGAAUUAGUGCUGAUCUCCAUCUUGUCUGUGUUGAUAGACCGAUGGGCUCUGAGUGGCUUCAGGAAUCCUUCUUAAACGAUCAGGUGGAUGAAAGUGGAAGGUUGAAGGUGGAUGACAACCUCCGUGUUGUUGGUCAUAAGAAUAUCUUCGCCAUUGGAGACAUCACUAAUGUUCCUGAACUGAAGCAGGGAUUCUCGGCACAGCAGCACGCAAUGGUUGUGGCAAAGAAUUUGAAGAUUUUGACGAGGAAAGGUAAAGAGAAGAGGCUGAAUAAGUACAGGCCAUUGCCCAAAAUGGCUGUUUUUUCCAUGGGCAAGAAGAAUGCUUUGAAGCAGGGAGUCAUAAAAUCAAGGGAUUUGUUCUUGUUUAAGACCAGAAGAUUGAUGGGACUUGAUCGCCAUUCCAAGAGAUCGGUUACCUCUGCUUCUGAUGAGAUAUCAGAAGGUUUAGCUGAUUAAAACUGUGGUAGUUGUUUUAGUUUUGUGAAGAGGAAAAUAAUUUGCUCUUGAGAGUUUCUGUUUAUUUAUUUUUUAGGGUUUAGAGGGGUUGUUAUAUUUGUCAGAUUGCUGCACAGGAGAA